AGAAAGUGUUCUGAGAUGGAUGCCGGAGACAGAGAGACUGUGUGCGUGAGUCGAUAGUAAACAGAGGCAGGGUUGUGUGAAUCUUACAGCUGAAGGUAGGCUCAUUGUUUUUAUUUAUUAGUAAUUGAUUUGUUGUUUUGAACAGAAGAUUGUUAAACUGCAGCUCCCUGUGCAUCACUGUGGAUGUGACUGAGAAAGGGUCAUGAUGAGCUCGUUGCACAGAAAUCAACAAUCUGCAGCAGCUGAUAUAAAGUAUCAUGGCUUGUUCAACCAAGGGGCCACAUGUUACCUGAACAGUGUGCUGCAGGUGCUGUUCAUGACCAAGGACUUCAGAGAGGCUGUGGAAAGGUGCGCCCCUCAUAACCCUGAUUGUAUUGAUCCUCAACUCAGAGACGUGUUUGAUGAGUUACUGAAACGACCAUCAAACACCUAUAAAAUCACAAAGAAGCUGGGCAUCCACACAGUGAACGAGCAGCGCGACGCUGCCGAGUACUUUGAGAAGAUUCUAACUCUGACCAGUUCUGACGCAUCACAGAUCUUCCACGGAGAGUUGACGCAUAAGAUCACAUGUUCCCACUGUCGCGAAGAGAAUAACACAGAUGGGAGAUUUUGGCAUCUUCCUCUUGAACUGGUGGAUUCCCACAGUGAAGUCUUCAGAGUGGUGGAUGGCAUCGAUGAAUAUUUCCGAACCUCACGUUUAAGCGGAGAAAACCAGAUGUACUGUGAUCGCUGUGAGACCAAAUCUGAUGCUACUAUCACAUGUGCAAUGAAGCAUCAUCCCGAUGUGCUGACGCUGCUGCUGAAGAGGUUUGACUUUGACUACCGUUACAUGUCGUAUGUCAAAAACAACCGGGUCGUGGUUGUUCCCUCCUCCCUACAAAUCCCAGAGAAUCAGUGGUAUGAGCUGUAUGCGUGCGUGGAGCACUCCGGUGAUCUUAGAGGUGGACAUUACACAGCAAAGAUAAAGUCCCAGGAUGAUGAGAAGUGGUACUACUUCGAUGAUGACAGCGUCAAGUUGCUGAUUAACCAGCCGUUCCAGACUGGCAAUACUGAGAAAUCCCAGAGUUCUCAUCUUCUUUUUUACAAGAAAAAGAAAACUGCAUACUCCAAUGGAUUGUGUCAGCCUGCAAACAGAGGCCAUGUUCCUGAUCGUAAGGGUUGUAACAAGAAUAGACAGGACUUGGGGGAUCAAAAAGAGGCCAGAAAACAUGAGAUAGAUAAGAGGACGAUGAUGAAGGUUGAGGAGGAGGAGGGAGGAAAGGAGGCAGAAGCGUAUGCCAGUGCAGAGAAGAGAGGACUGUUCUCAGUAGGAACCCAACUUGUGAAAAGAGAAGAUGAUCCGAAGUGUGAGCGUGGAAAACAGAAACCUGUUUGGAACAAACCACAGAAGGGUUUCAUUCCCAACAGAUCAGAGCCUGAACACAAGCAGGAGAAAGAGGCCAGAAACAGGUCUCGUGAUCAUCCUCAAGUUUGUGUGGAGGAACUUAGAGAUAAGGAAAGAAUUGAUAAAAAAGAAAAGAGAAAAUUCUUUAAAAGGGAUGCAAAAGACCUAAAACAUGAAGGAUUGGACAAAGUGGAUGAUGAUGAGGGAGGUAAACAGGGAAAAGGUUACGCUGGUCAGAACAAAAAGAGAAAGGAUGAGAGGAUGGAAAAAGACAACAAAGGACCUGCUGGUGAUAGAAAACGUGACAUGUGGGGGUCUAAACUGGGAAGGAUCCGCAGGUGGCACGAAAGAAAAAAGGAGAGGAGGAAUGUGAAGAGAGACGAGAAACGGAGGAGAGGAGGUGAUGAAGCUGCACAAAGGAAAAGAAGAUCCUCAGCCAAGGGUCGCUUUGCAGAAGGUUCAGAGGAUGAGAGAAGAUUAGGUGAUGGACCAGAGGAGAAACAAGAGAGAAACAGAGAGAACCAGGGAGACAGCAGUGCUGGAAAUGAGGAGUGGGAUAGGAAAAGCCAAAGAGGCAGUGAGGCGAAGAACAGAGAGAAAACCCCACAGGACACCUCAAACAAUAGAGAGAGUAUCGAAAGACAAUCUGACCCAAGACCGAAUGAAAGGGUGACUUUGACGAAGGGCCUGAGCAGGAUAAACCUGAACGAGUCGCCCUCUCCAGAGCCACAGCAACGCACGGCUGGAAACACACAGGAGGAGAGUGAGACAGACGCCUCUCCUCAAUCGAGAGGAGAUCAUGCAAAGAAACAAAAUGACACACCUGGCUGUUUCGCUUUUUUUUCCCAGAAUCCAGUAUCGGAAUAAGAUAAAGUACACACGUUGUCCAAGAUAACAUGAUUUUACACGACUGCAUGUCAAAGUGGUGAUUAUACAUUAUCUCAAUAGACACUACAGUAUAAUCAACACUGUAAUGCUGCAUAUUUUGUGUUGUUGGAAGUCUUUAAUUUGUUCUGUGUGGUUCCGUCUAUUUAACAGAUCAUCUUUGAUGGUUUUUGGUUGUGUAAAAUGCAUCACUUCAAUUCCUGUUCAAGUAAAUGGUUUAAAUGAGA